GCCCAAUUUCGCAUCUCUCUGCUCUGCCCGGCCGGCGCCCACGACACGGAUCCUCUCGCCCAGUGCUUCCCGGGACUUCGUAUUUACCUCCUGCCACCCGUCCAGUCCUCUCCUGUAUCUCUAGUUCUUCGCCCGUCCCCUCCGAUUGCACGCUGUUCUCGUCCUCCACAGCCUCGUCCGCACCGCGAUCCGGCCUCAUCACCAUGGGUACCUUUGUCUUCAAGUGGGAGCACCCCGCCUCCGAGGUGUACGUCACCGGAACCUUUGACGAUUGGAAGAAGACGGAGCAGCUCAACAAGGUCGGCGAGCAUUUUGAGAAGAACGUCACCCUCAGCGAUGCCUCCCAGAAGAUCUUCUACAAGUUCGUCGUCGACGGAAACUGGGUCACAGAUCAUACCGCCCCUAAGGAGACCGACGAAAGCGGCAACGAGAACAACGUCCUGACUCCCGAGCGCAUUACCACUUCUGCAGCCGCCCCCGCUACCUCUGCCAUCAUGAGCUCUGCUGCCCCUGAGUCCACCACCGCCGCAUUGGCUGGUGACGUUCCUCUUGAGAAGAACAAGAGCAGCGAUUCGGCUGAUCUGCCCGGCGCCUUCCCCGAGACUCCCGCCGCGGAUCUCGAGAAGCAGGAGAUUGGAAUCAACCCCUUGCCUGCCGCGGCUGGUGCUGUGAACCCAAUCACGUUGGCGCCUGGCGAGAAGAUUCCCGAGGAUCUCACUGCUGCAAGCACUACAGACAAUGUCAGACUCGACCCGGAGUCUUACGAGAAGGCCGACACUCUUCCAGGUGGCGUUUCUGCCUUUACUUCAUCUGCUGCUCCCACUUCCACCACGGCCGAGCUCGCCGGCCAGGUCCCCCUAGAGGCCAAGGUCCCCGAGGUUGUCAAGGAGAGCCAGGAGAAGGCCAAUGCUGAGCCUGAGGCCAGCGCCAUCCCUGCCGAGGUUCAGGAGAAGGCCGCAGUGGAGAGCGAGCUGCUCGCCAAGGUCGAGGAGGCCCCUUCCACUUCCGAGGGCACCGCCGGCAAGGGCACUGAGAAGACCGAAUCCACUGUCACUGCAGGAGAGGCUGCCGCAUCCGUUGCUGCUGCUGCCACAGCUAUUGGCGCUGCUGCCGCUGCUGCGGUAAUUGCCGCCAAGGACGCCGUCGUCGAGAAUGCUGCUCCCGCCGCCGCCACAGCGCAAGCGACCGUUGCCGAUCAGGCUGCCAAGCUUCCCGAGUCUGUCAAGGAGCAGCUGCCUGUCUCUGUGCAGGAGCAGAUUGGCGGUGCCACCAAGGAGGAGACCAUCCAGGAGGUCUCACCCGAGGUCCCAGCUGAGGUCAAGGAGUCGAUUGUCGAGGCUGGCAAGAGCCCCGAGGCUGCUGCCAACACUGAGGCUGUUGUGGAGAAGAAGGCUGUGGAGCAGGAGCUGCUCAAGGAGGUCAAGCCUGCCGAGGUUUCGGCCGGUGAGACUUCUGCGCCUGCUGCUGAGGAGAAGGCUGCUCCGGUCGUCCCCGAGCCCGUCAAGCCCGCCGAGAGCACCCCCGCCGCUGUUGACGCGACUACUCUCGAGGCUACUGCCACCGCCACCACAGCUGAGGAGGCCAAGGCUGUUGCUGCCAAGGCCGACCCCAACGGCACCACGACCGCCGCCCCGGCUGCUGACCCCACGACGCCGGCCAAGCCUGCCGCGGCUCCUGCCUCUACCAGCAGCACGCCUGCCGAGAGCACGACCACGACUGAGAAGAAGAAGAAGAACCGCCUGAGCGCCUUCAUCAGCAAGCUUAAGAGCAAGGCGAAGUAAGGACGCACUGCGUCGUUAAUGAGUUUUGGUUCGAAGGCGGAGAGUGGUGCGAGAUGUCGGGAUACCCUUUGCUGAAGGUGCUGGCUGGAGAACGCAGACCUUUGAUGUGGCGCGGCAGCCACGUAAUGAGUAUAUAAUACCCUGUUUUCGUCAGCAACAUACCCCCCGCGGUUGAAUGUGAUUGGAAUACAUUGGACCGCUCAAUUUUCCGUGUGUCUUGCAAGUUUAGUUGUGGAAUGAUUUGCUUCACGUCGAGGACAGCCUCGGUCAGCUUGCGGCACAACGCUAGUCAAGCUUGUUUGUUGGGUCGGACACUGCCAUCGGUCAUGCAUAGGUGAUCAGUGGCAGACUCGAAAAGACGACAUGAAAUUCACACUGCCGUAUCGCAAAAGCCUCUUGUCGCCAUGAGCAGGCCGCAGCCAAGGCAAUUGCUCGUCCGGGCUUGCGCCUCAAGACACCAUCGUG